ACCGCGUUGUAUUAUUAUAAAGGCCGGGGGAGGGUUGUACGUCGCCAUAAUUCGUGAGAUUAACGAACUAACCGCGCGUGUUUACUUAAAACAAAUAUAAAUAUGUACAAGUUCACGAUUGUGGUGUUAGCGCUAGUCGCCGUUGCAGCCGCCAACCCAGGUUAUGGUGGACAUGAAGAGUACGGGCACGGCGGCUACGGGCACGGCGGCGGCUAUGGGCACGGCGGAUCUGAACAUGGGCACGGUGGGCAUGGGCAUGGCGGAUAUGAACAUGGUCACAGCAGCCACGGCGGAUUCGGCCACGGCAGCCACGGAGGCCACAGCAGCCACGGAGGUCACGGCAGCCACGGAAGUCACGGCAGCCACGGUCAUCACGGUAGCCAUGAAGACAGUCAUGAAGAUAGCCAUGAACAUUAUUAAAGACGUGGAUUCGGAUUUUAUUAAAUAGAUUUAUCUAAUUAUAAUUGUAUAGGUAUAAAAAUGCCGUCUCCGUCAUUUGAAACAAACUCGGGCAUUGAUGCGACGCAAUGGAUAAUUAUUUAUCGUAAGGGCCGAAAUGUCUUUUCGCCCGCGCGUUUGGUUCUUCAGUCAAUCGUUUAUUUCUUUCGCUGUAAAAAAGAAUAUUUUACAACCUGGCCACCUUUGUCUUGAAGCCUUUGUUACUUAUUUAAAAAAAAUAUUCUCAUAAAAUGUAAACUAGGUACCUACCUUUUUUAUUAUUGUGCAAUAUCAAGAUUAACUACAUUGUGUUACGUAACAAUAUCCCAAGAGAUGAGGAAGAAUUCAUGUGAUUUUUAAAGAAACCAGUUCAGAUGGGAACGCCAAAAUGCCAUUUUAAUAAAAAUAUAUUAUCGUUGUACAUAUUAAGUAAAUAACAAAUAUUUAAUAGACACUUUUAUUAUAGCUAUAAGACCUUA